UAUGGUACUGACCUUCCCACACUCCCAGUUUGAUGCAAAUGGCAACCACAACAGUGUUUCUCUCUCUCAUCUUUCUGCUCUCGCUCUGCUUCAUCGGAACCGUUAGAUCUAUAUCAUCCUGACAAGAAUGCUAACGAUCCUAAAGCUGCCGAUAUGUUUAAAGAGGUUACCUUUCCUUAUAAUAUUUUGUCAGACCUUAAGAAAAGGCGUCAGUACGACUCAGCUGGCUUUGAGGCUGUUGAAUCAGAUAGCCAAGAGUUGGAGUUGGAUCUUUCAAGUUUGGCUGCUGUCAAUACGAUGUUUGCAGCACUUUUUAGUAAACUUGGUGUGCCAAUCAAGACAACUGUAUCUGCUACUGUUUUGGAAGAGGCACUCAAUGGUUUAGUUACCAUUCGUCCACUUCCAUUGGGGCAGUUUAUAUCUAAAAAGGUUGAGAAGCAAUGUGCACACUUCUAUUCAGUUACAAUAACAGAAGAGGAAGCACGAGCUGGGUUUGUUUGUCGAGUGCAAUCAUCAGACAAAAGCAAGUUCAAGGUUGGAAUUUAAAUCUCUGCCAUUCAUGUAUAUAAAGAUUGCAUGUGAGUUAUGAUCAACCUGCUGAUCUUAAAAUAUUUGUUCAUGCUUCAUGGAGUCUGGUUUCUUCUCAGAAUUCUAUAAAAAUAUAUGAUUUCCAGAAAGAUUAGUUUUUUGGGGGGUGGGUGUUCUAGAUACAUCAAAUGUUCAUUUUAUUUUCCUAGAAAUAAAUUGGUAGUUUGAACUCUUGGUCAACUUUUAAAAGCAUUUUGAAUUUACUCGAAUAUCCAUCCAUUAUGCUAUUGAUCUCCUUCUGUUGAGCAGUUUCACAUGUCCUGGAUCUGUUUGAAUAAUUAGGAAGAUUAUCAUUCGUCUUCCUUCCCUUUAUGUGAGUACUGAUUUCUAUAGCUCAAGUUGACGUCUGGCCCUUUAUUUUCCUUGAUUACAAAAGCACUUUUCUCCCAUUCUCCUUUUAGCUUAUUUAACUGCAUCUGUUGAAUAUUGUGGUGU